AUGUCGUACACUGAGCUUUAUCCCUUCCUGUUGCAAAAGGGUUUGGUGGUUCCUAGACCUAUGGGACCUCCACCUGAUCGUCUUCCUCCAUGGUACAACCCUAAUGCACAUUGUCCUUUUCAUGAAGGUGCCCCCGGGCAUGACCUAGAGGGUUGCUAUGCUUUGAAGCAUAUGGUUUGUGAGCUGAUUGACAACAAGAUCUUGUCUUUUAAAGAUAUGGGACCGAAUGUGAAGAACAAUCCUCUUCCUCCCCAUGGAGGUCCUGCAGUAAAUGCCAUUGAAGAUGCCUCUGUUGGUGUUAUGGUUGAAAAUGUGGAUGAUGUUAAGACUCCUUUGGCAGCAUUCCAUGCCCGAUUGGUGGAAGUUGGCCUGAUUAAUGUUAUUCAUGAAAAUUGUGAAGAGUGUGCCACAUACCCAAUGGGGUGUCAAGUGGUACGAGAUAACAUUCAAGACUUGAUGAAUAAAGGAGUGCUUCAGAUCUCCAUCGUUACAAAAAAUGAAGAUGUGUCGGUAAUUGAACCUUGUUUCAAUUUACCUGAACUAGUUAAAAUCCCUUACUAUAGCAGAAGGGUGGCGCCUGAGAAUAGUCAUCAGUCGCCUAUUGAGAUCUGUAUGCCUACGCCUUUUCCAUAUGAGAGCGCCAAGGUUAUGACUUGGAAAUAUGAGAUUACCGCUGUAGACAAGGUAGUUGAAGGAAGUGCAGACGUUGAAGUGACAGAAGUUGUGAGUGAGGACGUCACCAAUAUUGCAGGGAUGAGCAGAAUGACUCGUAGUGGUCGAAUCUAUACGCCUGAAUUCAAUGUGACUCCUCAAGGGUCGGCCAAGGAAUCUACAGUUGUAACUCCUGCUAAAGAACCCAAAGUGGUCCAAUCUGAGGAUGAUGUUGAAUUCUUGAAGUUGAUCAAGAGAAGUGAUUACAAAGUGGUGGAUCAGCUGCAUCAAACACCAUCUAAGAUCUCUAUUAUGUCUCUGAUAUUGAACUCCCAAGCCCAUAGGGAGGCUUUGUUGAAGGUGCUUGCCCAAGCUCAUGUAACGCAAAGCAUAACAAUAGACCAAUUUGAUGGGGUAGUUGCAAAUAUCACAGCUUGUAAUACUUUGAGCUUAAGUGGAGAGGAAUUACCUGAGGAUAGACAAAAUCACAAUCGUGCUCUCCAUAUCUCAGUAAAAUGCAAAGAUGAUGCUUUGGCAAGAGUCUUGGUUGAUACUGGAUAUUCUCUGAAUGUUAUGCCAAAGAGAACACUCGCCAAGGAAGAGGAAUUUGUGGUUAGUCAUGUUUCAUCCUUCAGAUAUAUUAAGGCUAAUGAGGAUGCUUUGGAAACUUCUUUCCAAGCUCUGGAAAUAGCCAACGCCACUUUUGUGGAGAUGAAGGACCCUGUUGGGAAAGCUUGUUCAUCUUUCGCUUCUAUGAAAACCGCAAAGUCUAGCCUUGAAUGA